AGACCGCAGAGUUCCUGCUGUAAGACGACGAGAGCAAGACAAGCGCAUCUCUCUCACGAACAGUCGCGCUAGAGACUUUUGCUGCAUCGAGGUUUCGUCUUUAUUUACGGAUGGUGAACUUGUCUGUGGAGUUUUUAUCCAAUAGCAAUCAUUUUAGUUGUGAAAAAGGAUCUAAAGACCCGUGUUUCCUCGAAACUAUCAUGCUGAACACCGAGGAAAGUUCCUGGUUAGCUGGACCUCGGCUGCCCUGCUCCCUCCCUCAGUCUCCGGGGCCUCUGUGGUGCUCCGAUGCCCCUCACCCACAACUGAAGAUCCCGGGUGGGCGAGGGACUGUGAGGGAUCACUCUCUCGGCGUGCUACUACACAAGGAUGAGAAGUUAACAGUAACACAGGCUGCUCCAGUGAGUGGGAACCCCUCUUUUCUCCGCUUCCACUACCAGCUGAAUGAGCGCCGUGCCGCCUUCUGGGAUACGGCUCUAUCAGAAGACAGCCUUUUCCUAGAGAUCGCUGCAGGGCCGCUGGCGGAGGGGAGCAAGGAGGGGCUAACUGCUCUGCUUGAGUUUGCGGAAGAGAAGCUCAAAGUUAACUACGUGUUCCUGUGGUUCCAUAAAAACAGAGAGGAUCGAUUGUCCAUCAUCAAGACGUUCCACUACAUGGGCUUUGAGAUGGUGAAGCCAGGUAACCCCAUGGUACCGGCCCGGCCCGAUCUGGCCUUCAUGGUUUACUCUCUGGACAACAGCAGCUCAGACGAGGAGUGAUUGUCACACACUCCCUCACCCACCCUUACUCCCCUCCUUCCCCUCCCUUCCUCCCCCACGCCUUCUAUCCAUCUUCUUCCUCAAGAAAUCAACUCUAGCUCUGACACAGACCCUUCUUUCCUCUCUGAAAUCCUUCUUCGCUGACUGGGAGGUGUCACUUUUUUAUGGACUUGUGAUUUAAGGGGAACAGUAGGAUUUCCAUGUGAUGCAGACUCCCCCGCCUCCCCCUUUUCCCUUCCCCGAGGAUAACUACAGGGAGCGGCAUAGCUUGAAAUAAUACAUCACAUGCAUUGUGGGAUUAAAAAAAAAAAAAUAAAAAAUAAAAAAAAAGAAAUUGUGUACUUAGUGGGUCCUCUGUUGGCCACAUUGUUUGUGCUGGCAUCAACAAGACAAACAACUGUUGACAUUCAGGAAAAGGUGGUGUUUUACAUUAAAAUUCAGCAUAUCUCUCCUCUGACAGCUUCAACCUUUUGCAAGGAAAGAGACCUUGGUCUGUCUUCAUUUGCUGUAUAGCAUGCAAGUGGUGUUUGUAGGGCUAAAGAAUAAAGAGGGAAUUAUGGGUUUGGUAUGGUCAAUGAAAUGUUGAUUUGCUUUUUGAUUUUAGAUGGGAUAAAGCCCGAUGUGUUGCUUUUUAACAUUAAAGCAUAUGUAAACAUUUCUUUACACUUCUUCCUGAUAUAUGUUAAGGCAUCAUUCCAGCACGUCACACGUUUGUUUUUUUUGCUCCUAUCCACCCAAAACGAUCACCUCACAAAUGUGGAAACCCUUUUGGUCUGUGCGGACGUGUCAAGGUUAAGAAGCAGCCUGUAUGUCGAAAGUCACAACAGCGUGGCUGCCAGCUCAAUGAGACACGCACCUUCGCUCCUCCACCUUCGCUCUGCAGUAAUCAGCCUGUCAAGCUGACGGUGUGAGUCACUGAUGAGCUUGAGGACUGCAGCCUCACUGUUGUUUCACUUUGCACGUCACACAGAAAGAAACACUUAAAGUUGUUUUUGUUUUGUUUUUUUUUUAGAGAUCAUAAGCUGAAUAAUUGUGAGAUGGUUUUAAAGAAACUCCCCUUCACUGUUACUUUGCAUUAAAAUGUACACAUGAUGAUUAAAUCUAGUGAAGCUUUAGCCCCAGUUUGUGCUCCUCAUGUACUGGUGUUAAAUUCAAGUCAAGCUAAGUGUUUGUUAGAAAUAAAUAACUGGCGAUUUGUAAUAAAAACAAAAGUUUAUUAACUUUUAUCUUCGUUCUGAAGUUGUUUAUAAAAUCUCAAUUUAUGCUCAAAAAAUGCUCAAAUUUAUAUCCAAAUUGCCUGAAAAGAAAGAAAAACAUGUUAUUUUAUGGACAAAUGAGAACAAGGCUGACAAAUAUAACUGAUAACAUCACUUUUUUAAUUGCACGUAAUGUAAAUUCUGGCUUCUAUCGUUUUCCAGAUCAGGAAAAAGAAAUGCAAACUGGAAACAUUCAGCGGCAAACAGUAUUUUUCCAUCCAGAUGGUUCUGGAAAUGGUUUUUAAACCAGUUUUGAGUUUUGUUAAACCUGUGAAUUGAAUAAUGUUGAUACAUGAGAGGUAGAAACUGACCGGUGAAGCUUUGUCCAGCCCUGUAGAGUCAUCAGUAUCGCUAUUCCCAAACCAGUUGAAUGCUCGAUGGAAACGAGGCUUUUUGUGCCUAAAGAGGAGAGUGCAAUGUUAAUAUUUUUUACUCGCGAGUCUUAUUGAGGAAUGUGCCCAUUUCAGACUCAGACCCACGCUAUGUAAGAUGAUCUCAUUGUUGGGGUACAGCAGGAGCACUUCGGGUGAUUAUGCAAUUAGAGUAAUAACGCAGGAGGAAUCCUGUGCAGGUUUGUUUUUUUUUUUCUUUUUUAAUCAGUUUUGUGGUUCUUAGUACUUUGAACAAAAAAACGCCAAAGAAUCCAUUCUGUCUGUAAACAUGCUGUUGAUUCAAAUCACCUUGCUUUUCCAAAUUUAAACCUGGUAUGUAAAGCAAUAUAAACCUACAUUCCCCAUGCCAGCCAUACUACCUGUUACACCUCAGAGAGACGUGAUAGUAGUCUGUUCCAUGUUGGUGUUGGGAUGGGGUGGGCGCCUUUUUUCUUCUGCAUGUGUUCAGAUCAUAUGAGUCUUCGUUGCUACUGAUUGAGCCCUGACUAUAAGCUGUUAGGAAAUGUCAAUAUAUUAAUUUUCUCAGAGGUAUAUUUUUAUGUAUGUAUAUUUCUCAAAUGUUUACUGUGAUAGUUUAGGGAUUUAUUUUUUGUUCUCGGUGACUAGUUAGCAAGCAUUCGAUGACAAUCCACACUUGUAUACUCUGGAAAUUUCUGUCUUUGGGAAAAACGAUUAAAAUUUGUUAUCUAAAUGGG